AGCUUGGUGGUGAGUGGUGACACGUCACUCCUGACGCUUUAAAUAAGGUCGGCGGCGAGGUCACUUUUGGCUUUGGCUUCCCGUGUUUCUCACGGUGCAGGAAGGAAUGGUUGACCUCGAAGCUUCUUCAGCACGACAAAAAGACCAUUUCCAAUUAAUUCCCCCUAACUGAUCCUAAACCUCAAGUUUUCUCAAUUCUCAGAGAGAGAAAGACUGCCUCUCUCUCUGUUUCUCUUUCAGACUUUUCUGUUUUGGUAAACGCUAGCUAAGAAUCACUAUUCCAUCUUCAAAACUUCUCAGCAUUCUUGGAUCUCUUUUAUAAUUCAGAUGGUGCAUUAAGUUUGAGAGUUUGUGUUGGAAGCUCAAGUUUGGUUUUUUUUUUCGGUGGGGGAGAGAUAUGGCUACUGAGUUCACUACGAAAGUUCGACUAGUUAGAUGUCCUAAAUGCCGGCUGCUUCUACCGGAGUUGCCGGAUUUUCGGGUCUACAAGUGUGGUGGAUGUGGUGCGAUUCUCCUAGCGAAAAAUCGUGUAAACGGUCUGAGAAGCAGGAGCACUGGCUUAAAUGGAACAGUGGCAGCUCAGGUGAAUGGAUUGGGUCACGUUUCUGAAGUUAAGGCAUCCAGCAUCACAAGUUGUAAUGGAACUCUUUCUGACUCGGGAGAAUGCUCUUCAGACCAAAUCGAUGAGAAGAAUCAAGGUAAGUUUUCCAGAGAAUGCUCUUUGGAAAGAAAGAGUGAGAGGGAUGAGAAUGAGUCUUCAGAAGGCACUGAAUCUAGCAGCUCAAGUCUAAAGGGUAAGGCUCCUGCCUCGGGAGAAUUAUCUUUGGAAAGAAGGAAUGAGAAGGAUGGGAGUAAUUCUUCACAAGGCAUUGAAUCCAGCUCAAGUCUCAAGGCUUCGGCUCCUGCCUCGGAAGAAUUCUAUUCGGAAAGAAGGAAUGAGAGGGAUGGGAGUAAGUCUUCAGAAAGCAUUGAAUCUAGCAGCUCAAGUCUAAAGGCUUCGGCUCCUGCCUCGGAAGAAUUCUAUUCGGAAAGAAGGAAUGAGAGGAAUGGGAGUAAGUCUUCAGAAAGCAUUGAAUCUAGCAGCUCAAGUAAGGCUCCUGCCUCGGAAGAAAUCUAUUUGGUAAGAAGGAAUGAGAGGAAUGGGAGUAAGUCUUCAGAAGGCACUGAAUCUAGCAGCUCUAGUCUAAAGGCUUCAGCUCCUGCCUCGGGAGAAUGCUCUUUGGAAAGAAGGAAUGAGAGGGAUGGGAGUAAUUCUUCAGAAGGCACUGAAUCGGCUACAACUCCCGAUUUGGGAGAAUGCACUUUGGAACGAAAUAAUGAGAGGGAUGAGAGUAAGUCUUCAGAAGGCAUUGAAUAUGGCAGCUUCAGUUUAAAGGCUAAGGCUCCUGACUCGGGAGAAUAUUCUUUGGAACAAAACAUUGAGAGGGAUGAGAGUAAGUCUUCAGAAGGCCUUGAAUCCAGCAGCUCAAGUCCAAAGGCUACAACUCCUGACUUGGGAGAAUGCUUCUUGGAACGAAACAUUGAGAGGGUUGAGAAUAAGUCUUCAGAAGGCAUUGAAUCCAGCAGCUCAAGUCCAAAGGCUACCUUUCCUGACUCGGGAGAACACUUUUCGGAUCACCACAAUGAGAAGAAUCAGAAUAAGUUUUCUGAAGAUGAAGAAUCUAGCAGCUUAAGUCACAAGGUCAUUCUUCCAGAAUCAGGAGAAUACACUACAAUUCAAAACAGCGAGAGGGAUCCUGAUAAUUCAACUGUAGAAAAUUAUGGUGGUGAGCAGCUUGGACACUUGAACUUGCCGGAUGGAAACCAAAACAACCAGAGUGAUCAAAAUGAUUAUGGUGACCAUGGUAUCGAGCAACCUGGAGUUUCCAAAGAAAUCUCUUCAUCAAUGGAGUUGGCAAGUAAUGAAAGAAAGGAGCCAUUGCCAAUAACAGCAGCAUGUUCACCAGCAUUGAAAGAUGAUGGGAGUUUACCUUUAGCACCAAAUGUAGAAGUAGACAUUGAGGUGGAGAUUGAUUCUGAUUCCACGAGUUCCAGUAGUCUCAAUGCAGUGGCCACAAGGGGAAGUAGUUCAAUAUAUCCUGCUCAUAUGCUCCCGAGGGAGAGCAUUUCAUCAGAUAUCAUUCUAUCUCCUGAUGAACAGUCACGCGCAAAAGCAGACAUCAACAUGGACGUUGAUUCUGAUUUCAGGAGAGCAAGUGUUGUCAAUCCAGGAGCUACAAGGGAUAGUGAUGUUACUGUUCACAUGCCAGCACAAGAGAGCAGUUCAUCAGGUACCCUUACUUCUUCUCCAAAUGAACAACUCAAGGAACCGCAUAAUAGUGUUCCAAAAAGUUUUGAUCAUUUCAAGUCUUCGAACACAUUUGAAACUACAGAUUUUCUCAGCCCCCGAUCUGAAUUUAGCACUGCAGUUAGAGAUAGAUCGAAGUCCCCAGCAACUAGAAGCCAUCAUGCUUAUGAUGGAAGUGUCUCUUCUUAUGAUGGUAUGGAUGAUCAGUUCUACAACCAUAAUCUACAUACAUUUCAAGAUUCUUAUAAAGCUCUGAACUUGGCUCGAUCUGAAGAAAGAUACAGAAGGGAUAAGUUUCUGGCGGAAAGCAUGGGAAAUAGAGUUUCUGAAUCACCAAGUCAGGCUAGGAGUUCCUGGUCAAGUCUGUCUGAUAAGAAUGGUCAUGCCAUGAAAUACAGAAAUCGGUAUCAAGAUGAAUUGCUGCCACCUAGAAGACCAGGUUAUCCAAGUCGAGAUCAUGCAAGAGUGCAGAGGAAUGAAUAUAUGCCUAGGAUGGCUUCUCUUCAAAGAGGUUCCCUAGGUGGAUAUGGAAAUGAACACUUCACAAAUCAAAUGCAUAAUGAGUUCCAAAGCAAUUCAGACUAUCAAUCUGACAUGUCUGUGAGUGUUGGACGGGACAAGUUGACACUUCUGAGAAUGGUUUAUGAACUGCAGAAUCAAGUUAACAAUUUAAAUGUGCAUGCAAGUCGGCAGGAAAAGCAUAUUCCCCAGUACCAUAAUUAUGAGGCAUCUGAGGAGGAGCUUUUCCAUGGCCUAAAUCAGCCUAGGGAUUUCAGAAGAAGCAGAGCGGGAAGCCAUUAUACCCAGCAGCAAAGUCAGUACACACGAAUACCUUUCUCAAGUGAGGCAACAACAAGCAGACACCAAGUUGAUCCCUCCUAUAUGCAACACUGUCCUCCAGCCAGGCAGUACUCAGCACCAAUGCCUCUACCUAUCCAGUGCAAUACUAAUGGGUUACGUAGGGUUCAUCCUGGUUAUGCCUCAAGCCAGUGGGACAGUGAAACAAUGUCUGAUGAUCUCAGGCACAACAGUCAUGAGGUGAAGAAGUAUUAUGGAGAGAAACAACAGAUGCCUAAGCGUCAUUUCCUGCCAAUAGCAGGUGGAGCUCCUAUUGUGCUUUGUUAUAACUGCUUUAAGCCGCUGCAGAUACCUGCAGAUUUUCUUCUUUUCAAAAGGAGAUGCCAUAGACUUCAAUGUGGUGCUUGCUCAAAGGUGCUUAAGUUUUCACUCCAUAAGAGAACUCACAUUGUCCCUUAUGAAGUGAAUGCAAUAGGCCCUCCACCAAGUGAGGUUGCGGAUCCUGUGUCGUGUUCUGAUGAUUAUGGUUAUGAACUCUCAUACUGCAAAAGUGGCUCUACUGAAGCAGGAUAUGCUGUAAAUGCAACACUCUCAAGCUCUCUCCAAAGUAAUUCAGUUCAUGAGAGAAAUAUGUCAUAUGGUUCAAACAAUCCAACAAGAGGGAGACAGGGGAUUGUUUUGAGACGCUCUCAAUCUCAAAACAAAGACAAGAAUCCAGUCGAAAGAUUUAUGUCAGCAAGAACAUCAUCCGGUAUGUUGAAGUCAAAAAAUCAUUCCUCAGAAGUUGAAGAGCUGCCACCAAAGUCAAGCUCACCACUUCAUCAACUCAUGGGUUACAAAUCGCCAAGUCAAGUGAUUAGAGGGUCUGGUAUAUCUCGUUCAGGGACAAAAAGCUCAUUAAGGAACUAAAAUAUGUUUCCCGGGAUAUGUUGCUGUCAAGCACUGAAUGAUAAUACUGAAACUCCUAGGCGCAUUGCUCGGAUGGAAGACCUUGGUGUCACUUAUUGGACCCUGAUGCAGAGAUAGAUUUCUGGUAAGCUUUUCAAGGCAAAACAUUGGCACUUUAGCUACUUGGAACUUUUUUUUUUCCCUCCCUCUAGAAGACCUACCUUUUGUUGUUAGUGAGACUAAUACAGUUGCCCAUAGUAAGUGUGUUAUAGAUGCAAAAGUCAAAGUUUUCAUUUGUUGUACAUGUAUGUAAGUUCAAAAGGACUCAUAUUUGAUUGAUUUGUUUGUAUACAGUAGAGUAUAUCAUGUGCAAUAUUAAUACAAAUUUCUUUUGCA